CCCCCUUCCACACAGAUUAGAAACUUCCUAUACCUGCCACGUAAUCCCAACAACACGUCACCGGAGCAUCUUCCUCUUGGUCGGUCCCACUCAUUAUCUUGCUGAGCUGCUAAUGGUGAGAGAUCCCAGAUCUAUCACGUUUUUCAUUGCUUCAGCUAUUAAAGUCUGACCUCUUUGACACUUCACUUCAUGAAGUACAAGCUCCUUUCUUUGGAAAAGAAAUCCCCACUCAAAGUUUUCUUUCUUUUUUCCUUUGUUUCAAAUUUUCAAUCAAAGGUUGACAACCCAGAUUGAGAUUGAAGCUAAUUCAUCAAAGGAUGUAAUGUAGCGUAGUUAAAGAUUGAGUAUUGGAGAUGUUUCCAGGGGGGGAAUGAGGAAAUAUUGUUAGAAAUGAAGUCAAGAAAAAGGGUUCCAAUGAAGGUAUGGUUAAGUGCUCAAAGAUCAACAGGUCUCCUCGUGGGUGGAAAUCACACAUCCUCCAGGUUUUGCACUCGCUAAAUUUGGUUUCUUGGUAUGUGUUGGCUUCAAAUUUCUCUUGGUUUCUCAUAUUUUGAUAUUGGAUCUUCCUUGCUACUACUUGAGUUUCAAAGUGUCAAAAAAAGACAAUGGAUAUUAAGACCUUUAAGUUGAUGAUAUUUCAUGGGUCUUUAGGGAUGCGUGUGCUUUUACGCGCUUUCAUGGUUGCUGCUGCUUUGUCGGUUGUUCCUUUGCUGCAAAUCAUCUCUGGUGCCGGUCCAGAUAUAUUGUAUACCCUUUCUGCUUCGGCAAGCUGUGCCAUUGGAACCGGUUCUCCAACCUCAACUAUGUUCCCUGGCAAAUUUUUGUUCUUCAAAGUUUGGGGUUCAUUUGGACCGGUUCAAUGCGAGGAAAACAAGAACUUGACAACCAGCGUGGUUAAAGAGCUAAUGGAAAAGCAAAUUUUGAGUUACAAUGCAAAAGCUCUUUGUGUGGGUAAAGGCUCAAUGUCAGCUGUUAUGGCAUUGAAAGACUUGGGAUUCAGUGAUGUUACUGGGGUUUAUAGGCACCCUUGUUUCUCUCUCAAGCAUAAGAAAUUUGUUUAUGAGCUUGAUUAUGAGGACAAUUCUUAUGAUUUUGUGAUAUCUAGGGACUUAGAUAAGGCUUCAGCCCCUGCUAUGCUGGUGCUUGAGGUUGAACGUGUUCUUACUCCUGGUGGGAUAGGGUCCAUGCUUGUUGGUCGUAGUGGUAGCUUGAUCAGGUCUGUAACUCCAAUUUCUUCCUUAUUGAAAGCUUCCAGUGUUGUUCAUGUUGAUUACGUGAAUGGCUUUGCAUUGAUUGUAUUCAAGAAGAAACUCAAAAACGGCACUUACUUCGAGCAGUAUCGGCUACCAGCCGAUUGUCGGUCUAUGGCAAACACCAAACCUAUAUUGGAUAACAUUGAGCCUCUUUUGGAGAAGAGGCCAGUUGGAUUUGAGAAAACUAUUGCUUAUUUGCCUGAAUUUGUUAACAUUUCUCAUAAGCAACGUAUGGUGUAUAUUGAUGUUGGGGCAAGUGAGCAUUUGAAUUCUAACGUUACAGAUUGGUUCUUGCCAUCUUAUCCCGUGGAUCGAAAAGCAUUCCAUGUUUAUUUCAUCGAUCACAAUACUUCAGUGAUGCUAUCUUAUGUCAACAAGCCUGGUAUCAACUUUGUUUAUUAUCCUAGCCUUGCUGGAAAUAGAGCUACAUCCAAUUCUGAGGCUUCCAUUGAUUCUGAUGAUUCCGAUCCGUAUGUUGAAGACGAAGGAUUCGACUUCCUUCUUUGGAUUAAAGAAACAGUGCAAAAUGCAGACUUUGUGGUUCUGAAGAUGAAUGCAGGGGAAGUGGAGUUGAAAAUUCUCUCAGAUUUGUUUGAAAGUGGAACCAUAUGCUCCAUUGAUGAGCUAUUCCUGCACUGUUCCAACCAAGCGGUGAACAGAGAUUGGAUGGAUCUCUUCAAGUCCCUUAGAGGAACUGGUGUUUAUGUCCAUCAAUGGUGGGGAGAUCAGUGACCACCAUUGACAUGGUGGGACUCUGUUUCAGAUUAACUAUCUUGUUUGAGUCAUGAGUCAGUCUAUGUAUCCUUAUGGUGGUUGAGCAUUAUAGCUAUAAAAUAAGCAGCCACUAGGGUCUCUACUUUCCUUAAUAAAAAGUUCGCAAAUUAUUUGUGUGCUUAUUGCUUAA